CUGUCUUCUCUCUAUUCUCUCUCUGUUUAUCUCUGUUGUUGUGUCACCGACCAGCCAGCAGCCUGUCUCCGGCGUGGGCACUCUUCCCUCUCCAUGCUCCCGUUGGCGCGCAGUUGGCCAGAGGUGACCAGGCCUGGCUCUCGGCGUGGCCACUCUCAGCGGGGCCAUGGGGAGCUCUGCCUCCUCCCUGGCCGCCGAAACCGAGUCGGACCACGGCUUCCCCAGGGGGCCCCCCUACUCGGGGCCCCCUGCAGCAGCUGGCUGGUGUAGGAGCGGCCCCGGGGGAACUGUCUGGGGGAGUGCCCUGGUCGCCAGACAGCACACACGUCCCCCCCGGGCCCGAAGCCACACACACUCGCCCGGGUCUAUGGCCACAGCCGGGGAGUGGUCCUGUGCGCGCUGCACCUUCCUGAACCCUGCCGGCCAGCGCCAGUGCUCCAUCUGCGAGGCCCCCCGGCACAAGCCCGACCUCGACCACAUCCUGCGGCUCAGCGUGGAGGAACAGAAAUGGCCCUGUGCCCGCUGCACGUUCCGGAACUUCCUAGGCAAGGAGGCCUGCGAGGUGUGUGGCUUCACUCCAGAGCCCGUGCCCGGGGCCUCCCUGCUCCCCAUCCUCAACGGCGUCCUGCCGCGGCCGCGCGCCGCGCCUGCGCCUGCGGAGCCCAAGGGCAGCUGCCCGGAGGAGGCGGAGCCGGCCGCGGGCGCGCGGGACGCGGGGAAGGAGCCGCAGAGUGAGGAGGCCGCGGCCGAGCCCGGGCGCGGUUGGGCUUGCCAGCGCUGCACCCUGCACAACACUCCGGUGGCCAGCUCCUGCUCUGCCUGCGGGGGCCCCCGGAAGCUGUCGCUGCCCCGCAUCCCCCCGGAGGCCCUGGUGGUCCCCGAGGUGGUGGCCCCCGCGGGCUUCCACGCCGCUCCUGCCCCGCCCCAGCCCGACCUCCUCGGGAGAGGCCCAGAGACCGACCCCCCGUCCGCGGACCCGGAGCCCCCCAAGGUCCCGCCCUUCGGCCCCUUCUCACCCACCCUGCAGAACAAUCCCGUGCCCCGGAGCCGCAGGGAGGUCCCCCCCCAGCCGCAGCCCCCCGCGCCCGAGGCCGCUCAGCCGCAGCCCCCCACCAGCCAGGGCCCAGGCCGGGCGGCAGCCGGGGCCUCGCGCCUGGCAGAGCUGCUGUCGGGCAAGCGGCUGAGCGCGCUGGACGAGGAGGCCCCGGAGGGCAGCCCCGGCCAGGGCCAGGGCGAGGCCUGCAGGGACACCAUUGACCUGGCCGGAGACACCGUGCGCUACACCCCGGCCAGCCCCUCCAGCCCCGACUUCACCACCUGGUCCUGUGCCAAGUGCACCCUCAGGAACCCCACCGCGGCCCCCCGGUGCUCGGCGUGCGGCUGCUCCAAGCUGCACGGCUUCCAGGAGCACGGCGAGCCUCCCCCGCACUGCCCGGACUGCGGCUCGGACAAGCCCGGCCCCUGCGGCGGCUGCUGCGGGCGCGGCCCGCCCUCCGCGCCCAGGGCCGCCCGCGCGCCCCCAGAGCGGCCCGGCCAGUGGGCCUGCCCGGCCUGCACGCUGCUCAACGCGCCGCGGGCCAAGCACUGCGCCGCCUGCCACACGCCCCAGGUCCUGGUGGCCCAGCGCCGCGGCGCGCCUCUGCGGCGCAGGGAGAGCAUGCACGUGGAGAAGCGGAGGCAGACGGACGAGGGCGAGGCCAAGGCGCUCUGGGAGAACAUCGUGGCCUUCUGCCGGGAGAACAGCGUGAGUUUUGUGGAUGACAGCUUCCCCCCCGGGCCCGCGUCGGUGGGCUUCCCGGUGGGCGACAGCGUCCAGCAGCGCGUCAAGCAGUGGCUCCGGCCCCACGAGAUCAACUGCUCCGUCUUCAGGGACCACGGCACCCCGUGGUCGGUCUUCCACACCCUCCGGCCCUCCGACAUCCUCCAGGGCCUGUUAGGGAACUGUUGGUUCCUGAGUGCGCUGGCCGUGCUGGCCGAGCGGCCCGACCUGGUGGAGCGCGUGAUGGUCACGCGCGGCCUGUGCGCCGAGGGAGCCUACCAGGUGCGCCUGUGCAAGGACGGCACGUGGACCACGGUGCUGGUGGACGACAUGCUGCCGUGCGACGAGUCCGGCUUCCUCCUCUUCUCCCAGGCACAGCGGAAGCAGCUGUGGGUGGCUCUCAUCGAGAAGGCGCUGGCCAAGCUGCACGGCUCCUACUUUGCCCUCCAGGCAGGGCGCGCCAUCGAAGGCCUGGCCACGCUCACCGGCGCCCCCUGCGAGAGCCUGGCGCUGCAGGUCAGCUCCACUAACCCCCGCGAGGAGCCCGUUGACACUGACCUCAUCUGGGCCAAAAUGCUGAGUUCUAAGGAGGCUGGGUUCCUCAUGGGGGCUUCCUGCGGCGGAGGCAACAUGAAGGUGGAUGACACGGCCUACGAGAGCCUGGGCCUGCGGCCUCGCCACGCCUACUCCAUCCUGGACGUCCGUGAUGUCCAGGGCUCCAGGCUCCUGCGGCUCCGGAACCCCUGGGGCCGUUUCUCCUGGAACGGCAGCUGGUCAGAUGAGUGGCCACACUGGCCAGGGCACCUGCGGGCCGAGCUCAUGCCCCACGGCAGCAGCGAGGGUGUAUUCUGGAUGGAGUACAGCGAUUUCAUCAGGUACUUUGACUCCGUGGACAUCUGCAAGGUCCACUCGGACUGGCAGGAGGUGCGGGUGCAGGGCAGCUUCCCCAGCACGGCCAGCCGGCCAGUGGGGGUGACGGCGCUCACCGUGCUUGAGCGAGCCUCGCUGGAGUUUGCGCUCUUCCAGGAGGGCAGCAGGCGCUCGGACACCGUGGACAGCCACCUGCUGGACCUUUGCAUCCUGGUGUUCCGCGCCACCUUCGGCAGUGGUGGCCGUCUGAGCCUGGGCCGCCUCUUGGCCCACAGUAAACGCGCUGUCAAAAAGUUUGUGAACUGCGACGUCAUGCUGGAGCCCGGGGAAUACGCCGUGGUGUGCUGUGCCUUCAACCACUGGAGCCUGGCCCCGCCGGGCCCGCCCACUGCUGCCCAGGGUAAUAGCCCCAGCCAGGCCACCCACCCCCGCCCGCCUCCUGACGCUCCGAGCCUGCCCCAGGAAGGCUGCUGCCCCCUUCAUCCACACCCUCCCACAGCCCCUGGCCCCUCAGCCGGCGCACCUCCCGGCCAUGUGCUCGCGGUGUACAGCUCCAGGCUGGUUAUGGUGGAGCCAGUCGAGGCCCAGCCGACCACACUAGCGGACGCCAUCAUCCUGCUCACAGAGAGCCGCGGUGAGCGCCACGAGGGCCGGGAGGGCAUGACCUGCUACUACCUGACGCACGGCUGGGCGGGCCUGAUUGUGGUAGUGGAGAACCGGCACCCCAAGUCCUACCUGCACGUGCAGUGCGACUGCACCGACAGCUUCAACGUGGUGUCCACGCGCGGCAGCCUGCGCACGCAGGACAGCGUGCCACCCCUGCACAGGCAGGUUCUGGUGAUCCUGUCCCAGCUAGAGGGCAACGCCGGAUUCUCCAUCACCCACCGCCUGGCACACCGCAAGGCCGCCCAGGCCCUCCUCAGCGACUGGACGGCCUCCAGGGGCACCCACAGUCCCCCGCUCACCCCCGAGGUCGCCGGCCUGCACGGGCCCCGGCCGCUGUGAGGGCCACACCCGGGGCGGGCUGUGUGCAAACCACCCCUGCCCCCUCCACAUGCACUUUAUGAGGGAGACCCCGAAGGAGGGUGCUUGAACCAGAAUCUCAGGACCCCACUGGGGGGGCCGCUGGCUGCGGGGCACAGCGUCCCUGGGCCAUCCCCCCCUCCCCCUCCCCCACCCUGGGCACUGCAGCCCCUUGGCCAGGACCCCACUGGGGGGGGGCCCACUGGCUGUGGGGCACGGCUUCCCUGGGCCACCCGCCAUCCCCCACCCCACCCCGGGCACCGCAGCAGCCUCCUGGCCAGGCUGCCCAGCCACCAAGCAGAAUACCUCGAGCCAGCUGGGCCGUGCACCUGCCCCUCCCACCUGCCGGCCCUGGAGACCGCUUCGGGCAUUGGAGCCACACCGCAGUGCCCCUCCCCGCCAGCAUGGCAGCCAGGGUCUCUGUUCACAAAACCAAAUCUAGUGAGAGCUGGAACUCCCCUUGAGGUCCAUGGCUUCCUGCCUCAGUUUACCCAGCCCAGCUCCCUGCCCUCACGCGGUGAGUGGGGUCUCUGGAGCCUGUCACACAGGCAGCGCAUUCCAGGAGCAGGUUCCAGUGGCCACAGGCCAAGGCUUGCAGACAGGCCUCCAGCUGCCCCUCGGUGACACUAUGCAACUCCCGGAAUGCCUGCCAGGACUGAAGCCAUGACCGGGUGUGGGGCUGGGGGCCAGGCCUGGCCCGGCCCUGCUGCCUGGAGAGGUGCUUUGUCCUCCACGCCUCCGACCACGGUCAGGCGGGCCAGCCCCACAGAAGGACCCCAGCCCCAUCCCAGGCCUGAGCCGGGCUCAGCUGCUCCCCCGGCCCCAGCCAGACCAGGAGGCUGAGCUGCCCACCCGCCCAGCGUCCCCCAGCCGCUCGUCCAGGCCUGCUUCCUGGGCCUCCUGCCCCUCUGUCAGUCUCCUGCCCACCGCCCCC